UCUCUCUCUCUCUCUCUCUCUCUUCUCUGUUGGCUGCUCUGAGAUGUAAAUCUGUGUUUUUCCUUUUUCAUGUCAUCUCAUUUUUUUUUUUUUUCAUUUUCCCCCUGCUGCUCCCUCGGGCCAUUCCAUGGGAAAAGAAACUUUUCCUGCAGCCCUGAGAGGAAUCCAGCUAUUUUAGGAGAACACGUCACUGCUUUGAGCUGCAGCCCAGAAACUCCUUCUUUCCAUCAUCCACAGCUCAGCUUUUUUUUUUUUCUACUUGUUGCACAGCCCUGCACUGUUUACCUUUUUAUUCAGAGGCACGUUGCAUUUUUAAAUCCUUCAUAUUUGGAGCAGGAAAUAGAAGAACACAUGUCUUGUUUCCCUGCAGCAGGCAGCGCGGAGACAUGACGGAUCCUGCAAGUCGUGCACAACUUGUGGAGCUCGGCGGCGUGCAGGCUGGUGUGGAAACGUCAGCAAGGGGUUUUUGUGUUGAGGCGGCUGCAGCGUGACAUUGCACUGGAAUCUGUGUGUCUCCGUGAGUGUGUCAUCUGUGGAGGGUUAGGGUGUGUGUGGAAGGAGGAGGACAAAAGCUCUGAGCUACAGGUAUCCAUUCAAAGCAUGAAUGAAAAAACAUUUUUUUUUUCUUUGCAUGAAAAUUGUUUUUGCACGACAUUCUCGAGCUUUCCACGUUUCCAGACGGAUUCAUUCACAAAUGCAUGCUCAUCUUUACGCGCCACCGCAUCAUAAACAACAACUCCAGUGAUAACCUUGAACCCGUGCCACGCUGGAGACAACAGGUUCAUUACGCACGACUCUUUUUGUGCACGAAAUUGAGAGAGCGUGCACACACACACGUCAGCGCGGGGAGGGCAAAGCCUGCUUAAGAUGCAGUGAAUGUGACAGCCGAGUCCAGACUACAGCAGCGUGGACGGAGAAAAGGUGAGAGUGGAGGUGGUGGUGGUGGUGGGGGGGCAUCGAACAAUGCCAGAGGAAGCAGCUCACCCGCAGACGUGACGAAGACACACCGAGCAACAACAAAGGCUGAGGGGGAGCAGAGAGGACUGAGGAGCGGGACGCGGCGCCCUUGUCUGUGGGGGGAAACAUGACAGUGGUGCCCGGAGAGAACCUGGAUGAGACUGUGGCACUGGCCGCGCUGUCAGCCCAGGAUGUGUACGACCCGGAGUGCGUGGAGAACCAGGAGUGCUGUGAGCGCGUGGUCAUCAACAUCUCCGGGCUGCGCUUCGAGACGCAGCUGAAGACCCUGGCCCAGUUCCCCUGCACGCUGCUGGGGGACCCCAGGAAGAGGAUGCGCUUCUUCGACCCGCUGCGUAACGAGUACUUCUUCGACCGGAACAGACCCAGCUUCGAUGCCAUCCUGUACUACUACCAGUCAGGGGGGAGGCUCCGGAGACCCGUCAACGUGCCCGUGGACAUCUUCAUGGAGGAGAUCAAAUUCUACGAGCUGGGAGAGGAGGUGAUCGAGAAUUUUAAGGAGGAUGAGGGCUUCAUUAAGGAGGAGGAGCGGCCACUGCCCGAGAACGAGUUCCAGCGGCAGGUCUGGCUCCUGUUCGAGUACCCGGAGAGCUCCGGACCUGCCCGGGGGAUCGCCAUCGUCUCCGUCCUGGUCAUCCUCAUCUCCAUCGUCAUCUUCUGCCUGGAGACUUUACCUGAGUUCAGAGAAGAAGCCAAAACGUUUGAUGACGAGCUGGUGCUGAACGGAACUACGCGCGCAAAGAAGCCAAACCCGUUCACGGACCCGUUCUUCAUCGUGGAGACCCUCUGCAUCAUCUGGUUCUCCUUCGAGCUGCUGGUCCGGUUCCUGGCCUGCCCCAGCAAGCCCGCCUUCUUCAAGAACAUUAUGAACACCAUCGACAUCGUGGCCAUCAUGCCCUACUUCAUCACGCUGGGUCUGGAGCUGGCGGAGCACCAGGGGAACGGACAGCAGGCCAUGUCUCUGGCCAUCCUCAGGGUCAUCCGCCUGGUCCGGGUCUUCAGGAUCUUUAAGCUCUCCAGACACUCCAAGGGUCUGCAGAUCCUGGGGAAGACCCUGCAGGCCAGCAUGCGGGAGCUGGGACUGCUCAUCUUCUUCCUCUUCAUCGGAGUCAUCCUCUUCUCCAGCGCGGUCUACUUCGCGGAGACGGACGACCCGGAAUCCGGCUUCAGCAGCAUCCCGGACGCGUUCUGGUGGGCCGUGGUUUCCAUGACAACAGUGGGCUACGGGGACAUGUGUCCGGUUACGAUCGGCGGGAAAAUCGUGGGCUCUCUGUGCGCCAUCGCCGGCGUGUUAACCAUCGCGCUGCCGGUGCCGGUCAUCGUCUCCAACUUCAACUACUUCUACCACCGCGAGACCGAGCACGAGGAGCAGUUCCAGUACACGCACGUGACCUGCGGCCAGCAGCAGCCGGCGUUUGGAGACUUCAACAAGAGCGACAGCAAACCGAGUCUGUGCAAGUCCGAGUACCUGGACAGCGAGGACGCGGACUCCAUCAAGUACACCAACUGCAGCCCGCACAAAGCCUACACCGGGAAGCUCACCGAUGUCUGACUGUGUUUGAGAUCCUUAUUUCCGCCAUCAUAGGGAUUCAUUUCAGACUCACAGAGGAUGGAUUACCUGAGAGAUCACCUUUUGUUUCCACCUCCUAACUGUCUUCCAUUACGCGCGCCAUGAGCAGGAGAACGCUUCAGAACGAUCAGCCAGCUGUAGCACUUUAUGAUUAUGAAUCUUUCUCUUAGUAAUUUAUUGCCCUAAUGAUGCAGGUUUUUAAAGUUUACAUUUUGCUUUUCUGAGAAAACGACACAGGACCAAUUCAAUCUAAAUUUACACUCUGAUGCAGCAGGCACGUGGAGGCUGUUGUUGUUGUGGUCCCGCACACACACACACACACACACACACACACACACACACACACACACACACACACACACACACGCACGCACACACACCUGUUAUUUCACCCUCAUGUAUUUUCCACUCAGGCUCAGAUGAUGAAUCCUAAAAUUAACCCACUUUGACGCCAGAUUUGAUUUGAACCUUUAACAGCCUGCCAGACAGAAACCAGGGCACGCAGACCUUCUCGUUUGACACACAGACUCCAGGAGGUUAAAUCCUCCUCAGCAGCCUCUGCCUGUGUGAAAAUAUUAUGAAAUCAGAAGCAGCCUUUUUUUCCCAAAUCCAAGAGCGCCCCCGUGUGGCUGAAACCACGCCCUGCAUCUCUUGUCUUCGUGUGAUGCAGUUUCUAUAGCAACCUUCCAGACUUUUCUCCUGUGUUAUCUGCCACAGGAGUGAAAAAAGGAAGAAGCUGGAGCUGCGGAGACGAGGCCAGAAAAACCACCAUGUUGUGGAAGCCUCCAUGUUGUUUUGAUUCAGCAGCUCGGCCUGAUGCAGAAAAACUCAUUAAAUAUAUGAAAUAUGAUGAAUUAUCAGGCGGGCGUUCGACCUGUUGUCCAUGCACCUUAGUCCCACAGAGAAUAUGAUCCCUCCUAAUGGUCCAAAGUCGACUGCAGCUAAAUAAUAUUCUAAUUAUGGGUUAUUUUCAGAUCACAGUUCCGUCUACAAAAUAUAAAAAAUAUCUGCUAGAGACCAAACUGAGGGUUGGAAAUUGUAGAUAUUUCCAUCCAGGAGAGCUGCAGCAUUGAUUCUGAUUAUGAAGAAAACAUAUUCCUCUAAGUUGUGGUGAAAAAAUAUUUAAUUUGCGUUUGUUUUUAAGCUCAAUCAGCACUGAUUUUAGACAGAUUUAUGAUUAAAGAACAUGAAUAUAAGAUAAACACACCUCGGUGAAUAUCAGUUUUGGCAUUAUUUAAUAUUCUGCAGUUAAUUGUUGAGUAAAAAUGUCCUGAAAUCUUUUUCUUUUUUUAUGUUCAAGUUAAAUUCCCCUGACGAAAACUUCCAAGUGAUCUAAGAAAUGUAAAUGAUAUAAAAUAAUGAAACUAGAAUCAGUUCAUGAAUGAUAGAAAUGGAUUCUUCAGCACUUUCUCAGAUAC